AAAGACCUGCCAAAAACAGUCCAAGUUUUGCAUGAUCUGGAAAAGUUUCUCCAGCUGCUGUAAUUCCAGACAAAGUUGUCAUAAAGCCAUUAAUAAGCUGGGUAUUAUUUACACCUUAAUUUCAUAGAUAGAUGCUUUAAAGUUUAUUCUUUACAUCAAUGCUUCAAACUGUAUUUCAGCAUUACAUGAUGUGUGUAACAGCUAGAUAUUGAUCCCUAAUUUUGAGGGACUAAAAAAACACACACACACAAAACCCCCUUUUGCUGCACAAUACUCAUUCUACAUUAAUGCCAUCCAGUACAAUCUGCUCUGUCUGUGAGAUGGUCCCUCAUCUCCUGGAACAUCUUAAUUGAGCUAAGAAAUAACCCAGACAUUCCCUACCCAGAGGGUUACAAUGGGAAAGGAACAUCAGAAGAGUGAAACCAAGAGACGUGUGUUUAAGGGGAUGGGCGGUGGAAUGAACUGAGAUUACCAGUAGAUAUAAUACCAAAGUUUUUAUACUUGUCUGCUCUAAGUGGUAUUCACAGUUGCCUUCCAUAUCUUUCUUGAGUUCUUAGCAGUACUUUCUCUUUCUUCCAGGCAAUGAUGGCCGAUUGAAUGAGCAUGAAGAAGAAACAUGCCAAGCAUUGUUGCAAAGAGACCAGUGCAACCAGUUAAAUGAGAAAGAAAGAAAGACUGAUAUUAAAAAGAAUUGGAGGAUCACUCAUCCUUAUCAGAAAGGUAAUAUUUCUGGAAUUGGAAGGGGUUUCAUUUGGAAAAAACACCUCAUUGGUCAUCAAAAAACUCACGUAGGUGAGAAACCAUUUAAAUGCUUAGGUUGUCCGAAAAGUUUCAGUCAGAAGACACAUCUCACUCAUCAUAUAGCAACUCACACAAGAGAGAAGCCAUUUAAAUGCCACGAGUGUGGACAAAGUUUCGUUCGAAAAACACACCUCAUCUGUCAUCAAGCAGCACACACAGGAGAGAAGCCAUUUAAAUGUCUGGAGUGUGGGAAAGCUUUUACUCAGAAGAUAAACCUCACUCAUCAUCAAGCAAUGCACACAGGUGAGAAACCGUUUAAAUGCCUGGAAUGUGGGAAAGCAUUUCUUUGGAAGACCAAUCUCACUUGUCAUCAAAGAAUUCACACAGGAGAAAAACCAUUCAAAUGUCUGGAUUGUGGGAAAAGUUUCAGUGGGAAGACACAUCUCGCUUGUCAUAAAGCAACUCACACAAGAGAGAAACCAUCUAUAUGCCAAGAGUGUGGGAAAGUUUUUAUUCGGAAGGUGCUUUUCAUGCGUCAUCAAGCAACACAUACAGGGGAGAAGCCAUUUAAAUGCCUGGAGUGUGGGAAAGCUUUUAUUCGGAAGACGCAUCUCAUUCAACAUCAAGCAACUCACAUGAGGGAGAAGCCAUUUAAAUGCCUGCAGUGUGGGAAAGCUUUUAUUCGGAAGACAGGCCUCACUCUACAUCAAGCAACUCAUUCAGGGGAGAAGCCAUUUAAAUGUCUGGACUGUGGGAAAGGUUUUAUUCAGAAGAGUGCCCUCGUUCGUCAUCAAGUGACUCACACAGGGGAGAAACCUUUUGAUUGCCUGGAGUGUGGAAAAUCUUUCACUCAGAAGUCUUCCCUCACUCUUCAUCAAGUAAUUCACACUGGAGAGAAAGCAUUUAAAUGCCUAGAAUGUGGGAAAAGUUUCAGCCAGAAGAAACACCUCACCUAUCAUCAAGCAACUCACACAGGAGAGAAACCAUUUAAAUGCCUGGAGUGUGAAAAAGGUUUUAUUCGGAAGACAGACCUCACU